UUAAAACACGUGAGAUAAAGCCUCACAAGAUGUGUUUAUACCUUGUUUAUGAAUUUCUACAUGAUUAAUGGCAAUGAUAAUGAUUAAAUGGCAUAAAUUAAUUAAAAAGAUAGAUUCGAAUGGCGCAAGUUGAUUUGAAUAGUUGAAGAGGGAAAAAUAUCAUAGUUAUUUUAUCAAUUUUUGAAAUAAUGGACCAUUCGUUACCGGCUGAUAUUCUCGAUGACUUAAGCAGUCGAUUUAUUAUAAAUGUACCCGAAGAAGAAAGAAAAGAUUUAAUACGAAUAUGUUUUCAAAUCGAACUUGCACACUGGUUUUAUUUAGAUUUUUACUGUACAGUUGAAAAUCCAAAAUUGAAACCGUGCAGUAUGAGAGAAUUUGCAACGCAAAUCUUUUAUCAUAUACCAUUUCUAACACCUCAUGUAAUUAACAUAGAUCAUAUUCUUGAACAGUGGCGGGACUAUAAGCAAAAUGUUCCAACCUAUGGAGCAAUUGUAUUAAAUGAAGAUUUAACUAAAGUGUUACUUGUUCAAAGUUAUUGUGCAAGUAGUUGGAGUUUUCCUAAAGGCAAAGUUAAUAAAGAUGAAAAUCCAGUCCGUUGUGCUGUUCGAGAAGUUUUAGAAGAAACUGGUUUUGAUAUUUCAAAUCUGAUAGAUGAAAAUGAAUAUAUUGAAUCUGUAAUAAAUGAGCAAUUAAUAAGAUUAUACAUAAUAUGCGGUGUACAAAAAGAUACAAAGUUUCAGCCAAGAACAAGGAAAGAAAUAAAAAAUGUAGGAUGGUUCUCCUUAGCCAAUUUACCAAACAAUAAGAAAGAUAUGAUAAAAGGAAAAACUGGACUUGGUUCAAAUACAUUUUUCAGGGUUAUUCCUUUUGCAAGGAGAAUGAGACGUUGGAUACAAGAAAAAUAUUUGCGCGAAAAAAAUACAAAUUCAAUACGAAGACAUAGACACAGAUCUCUAGGUGAUGUUGAAACUGUUUCAAAGAACAAACGGCAGCUGUUUCCACCCUCUGUUCAAAGCGAUAUCCUCAGUUUUAAAGAUGUUCGAAAUUUUCGGCAAUCGAAUACUUCACCGACGAGGAACCAACGUGACAUACAUGAUAGUAAAAUUGUACCCAAAGUGAUUAAACAUAACUUAUUUGGAGAUCAAAAUGAAGAUGUAACAUUAGAUAUACUUGCUAAACAAUUAACGGACAGUUUGCAGGGUCAACAACAAUCAUGUUCGUUUUUAAUGGAUCCAGCUAUUCAAUGUGUAAAGUGCAAUGAAUUUAGCUACAAGGCUCAAGUUUUCGCUAUAGGAAUGAAAGAUGAAGCAUCUCAAGAAUUUCCGAAUACAGAAUUUCCAGAUGGGAAUAUAAAAUCCUUGUUAUUUGGAAAAGCAGCAAAUAAGCUGCAAAUAGAUUUAAAAACUAUAUCUUCUCCACUUACGGUGAUGACUCGUAAUGCAUUGGAUUUCUCUCCAAUAGGUAAUGUCGAAGGUCAAAAGUGUACUAUGGAAUUUUAUUCAAUGGUAUGGGCAAAUUUUAAAUUCGACGAACAAGCAAUACUUGAUUGCUUAUAAAGUUAUUUGAAAAUAAUUUUAGAAGAUAUAGAGUCAUAUUCUUACAAUAUUUAUACAAGCUUAAAUGAGUGUUUGUGUACAGAUAGUUACAAUUAAACGUGACUUUAAAUAUUUGUAUUCUUAACAAAUGUGAUC